AUGAUCUUUCUCUCGCAUCAGGUAAAAACCAACGAGACUGUCCUUUGUCGUCAUCGCAGGCCUCAGCUUUUCCCUUCCGCUCUUUUUUUUGCAACAUAUCGCAUUCUAUAUGCGGCCGCCAAAGCUUUAUACCCAUACCACGGUCCUUGUAACUACAGUUCCUCUCAGCGAAGCUCAAUUUUCCUCUCUGUCCACUCACCCACACGAGCUGACAGGAAUUUCAUAAGCGGGAUAUGUUUACAACGAGGUUUGUCUGUUCAUAAUCGAUCAAUUAAGGGAAGUAGAACACACCUCCAUAUGUUCGUCCUUGCCGGUUCAACUCCUCUAAGCUGCCAGGCCGUCAUACAAUCUCAUACGUCCGACCUGCCUCUUCUGCUUUGUACAGUUCUGGGAUGUUGUGCACUGCCUCCCCUGUGCCUGUUCUGUGACGACCGUCGACAUAACAUCCUCUGCACUAACUUCCUGCCCCGCAAUCCAAACUCAGCUGCAUACCGGGACUUUUCGUGGAUCUCACGGCACACCAUCAUGUGGCUAUCGCCGGCGGGCAUUCUUGUGGGGAAACCCCCUAACCCUAUUUUCGUUCAGGCCUAA